AUGAAAAUUUGGACAUCUGAACAUACAUUCCAGCAUCCGUGGGAAACUGUAACCCAGGCAGCAUGGCGAAAGUAUCCCAAUCCAAUGAAUCCAGCUGUAGAAGCUAUUGACAUUGUUGACCGCAAAGUCUCCAAUGGUGUGCUGCAGACACAUAGGCUCAUCAGCUCCAAGUGGGGUCUUCCCAGCUGGGCUUCAACAUUGUUAGGAGCUGAUAAAACAUGUUAUGCCAGUGAACAUUCCGAAGUGAAUCCACGAAAAAAGAUAAUGACCUUGCUGACAAAAAACAUAACUUUCUGUAAUGAAGUGUCUGUUGUGGAAAAGCUCACUUACAGUCCCCACCCUUCCAAAGUGGACUGCACUCUUCUCAAGCAAGAGGCAGUUGUCACCAUCAAGAAUGUGCCUUUAAGCAGCUAUAUUGAGGAUUAUUUGACAAAAAUGAUUUCGUCAAAUGCCAACAAAGGUCGUCAGGCAAUGGAAUGGGUUAUAGGAAAGAUUAAUAAUGAAGUUCAGGAAUUAACGCAGAAAACUGUGAAAGGAAUGGAUGAAUUUACUGUGACUGCCAAAAAAGGUAUCUCUGUUGUCGAAGAUUUGACAACAUCAGCAAAGAAGGGAAUGAACGAAUUUAAUCAUUUUGCAGAGGAGACUUUACCAAAUCUUCAUUUUGAGAAAUGAUAUUUAAAAAUGCUAGGAUUUUUUCAAAUUAAUAGGACAUUUUAGUUUAAUAAAAAUUAUUGCAUUAAACAUUCUGGUUGUUCUGCCAAAUAAUGGAGGUCAAACCAUGGCAAUUAGAGAUAUUACUUUUAGAAAUGUGUGGAUAGCAUGAGACUCGGGAAUACAGUUUACAAAGAAACUGCUUUCCUCUCCCACACGGAGAGGUAAUGGAAUCUUGUACGUUAAAUUUUAAAAUUGUAGAAAUUGUCGAAAUACUCACUUGUACAGUAUCAUAACCAUGUAAUAGAGAUGAGAUAUAAUUAUAUUUAUUAUAAGCUAAUGUUUUAUUUUCAGAAAAGAUUACUAUUUUUAGUUGGAAAAAACUUUUUUUAAAAACAUAUUAUUAGAGCUGAAUUGAAGUGUACAUAACAGAAUAAUUUUAUAAUAAAACUGUAAUUCAGCCUUAUCAAAUGCCAAUUUGUAUACUUUUAUACUUAGUAAGAGAUAUAUUUUAUUCAUAAUAAUGUUCUUGUCCAUCACAGUUUGAAAAUAUAAUUUUUCUUACAAAGCAUAAGUGGUUACAAUUUUUUAAAAAUUUUCUUCAUAAAUGUAAAAAAAAUAUUUAUUAUUGAAAUUGGCAUUUUAUGAUUCUGUACAAUAGAUCCAUGAUUAUUUCCGAUCUUUCUACAGUAUUUUGAUUUCUGAUAGAAACAUUCAAUAUUUUAAUUUUCUAUGUUGAAAUUGAUAAAUAUUUCUAGAAAUUUAAUUUGAAUUUCCAAACCUAACUUUUAAGUAACUGUACAAAAAUUAUUUAUACAAAAGCUUCACUAGUUUAGAAAAAUUAUGUUGUAGUUAGAUAAAUUUCUUCAGAAUAUUUAAAAUUGUUAUCUUUAAAGAUGAAAAUUCAAUCUGUGUAUUUCGAUUUUAGUAAUGUUUUUAAUAAUAGAAUAAUAUGCUUACUAAAUUCUGAUGCAAUUUUUUUUGUGAAGAAUCCUUUUCAAAAUUUAAUGUUUGCAAACUUCCAUUUUAUGAUGUCAAUAAAUUAUUUAUGUUAUUUAUACAUUUCUUAAGAGUUUUAUAGCUAAUACUUAAACAAAGCCAAGCUGUUGGUUGCAGUUGCUCAUGAAACUAGUAUUUUAAGCCUGUUUGAUGCACAAAUAAAUAUGAUUGCAUUCGAA